AGCGACCAGGUUUCGCAAGCUACUUGCAGUGGAGCGGUCCGAGGUGGCGCAGAGCUCCUGUCGGAGCUCAACUGUUGUUGGACAAUCUAUGUAUUCCUCAUGAUGAAAUGUAUAAUACAUACCGUAACUCUGCUCUUUGUUCUGUUGUUUUUUUUGUUUCUCUGGUACGCGGUGAUUGAAAACAGGGUUUGCUAACGUAAGCAGUUAUCACAGGUGUUCGCAAAGGUGCUGAGCAUCGUGCGCGCAUUGGUAUUGACAUUGGCACUGUCGUCAGCAGUUGAAUCUCGCAUUGGGUGGCUUGAGAAGCGGCUCCACUUUACCUUUCAAAACGAGAUCUCUCUUUUCAAUUGACAGCGGAUUUGCUGUUCAGGGUUGCCACUAGCACUACUUACGUAAAAGGCGAAGGCGAACGAAAAUACAACAACAAAGUCAGUAACAGCAGCUGCACAGUGCAGAGAUAGAAAGAAGGAGAGAGGGAGAGGCAGUACGCAAUGAAAAUUGUAGUUGAAGGACCACCGCAGGGAGGAAAGACCACCGUGGCCUCGGUGGUGAAGGAGCGCUAUGGCCUGUGCUACGUCUCCACCAGCGAGGCGGUACGAAACGCCGUCCACCUCGGCAACAGCGCACACAGCUCCACGCUGAAGCAGCUCAUCGACAGCGAUGAACUCAUCCCCGACUCCGUCCUCGUGAAGGUGGUGAGCGAGGCGACACAGCGGCCCGACUGCAUUAACGGUUUCGUGUUGGACGGCUUUCCCCGCACCCGCAAGCAGUCGAAGCUGAUGCAGGAGUCGGAAGAUGUGAAAGUCGACGUCGUCGUGGAGUUGGACGUGCCGGACAACGUGCUGCAGUCCCGUUUCGGCGGCCGCUGGUUUCACCCCCGAUCGGGUCGUGCGUACCACAACGUGUACAACCCGCCUCUCGUCGACGGCAAGGACGACGACACCGGUGAGCCGCUGGAGCAGCGGGCAGAGGACAAGCCGGAGAUGAUCAUGCAGCGCAUGUUCCAGUACCGUCGGCAACUCAGCGAGCUGCGCACGACCUUCUCGAACGAGGCGUGGACCACAGUGGAGGCGAGCGGCAGCGUGGAGGCGGUGCGAAACAACGUGUUUGCCGUGCUGGACAGCCUCUACUACGCACAGAACAGCAAGAAGGCCAAGAGCAUCCACCGUGGCAGCGCAUCCUCGUGGUGGCGGUUUUGGUGA